GGCUGAUGGAGGAGCAAUUCCAGCCUACAGGUCCGCGCAGCUUAGCACGGCCGAGUCAACCGCUGCUUCGCUCGCCAUUUCCCCACCGAAUCCUCAGAAAUCUCCGACGAAACGCCCCACUUCACAGGUCAAUUCUGCCGCCCGUUCCAAGAGCUAGCCGAAGAAGACCACACGACUUGACCGGCUGAGUCCAAAACAAGCUGACUUCCAUUCGCAAGAACAAUGGCGACUCCCUUGAAAUUAAGAUUUCUGCAUCAUGUUCCUCUGUCACAUACUGACAUAGUUACACCAGUGUCUCCAAGCCGGCUUCUCUCUAUAUAAACCUCUGCUCGGUAGGCUCCUCGAUCGACACAAGUUCACGGCACAUUUUGCAUCAUCAGUUCCCUGCUACAGCUCAAGAAUCCACACCAUCUGCUGAGCUUCGUACAGGCGAGUGUCAAAGUUCCUGCAAUGGCGUCUCAAACCAUCGAGAGCUACCGCGCAGGCGCAGACGUCGUCCGUGGGGACGCGGCGGCGUGCAAGAAGGCGGCAGUCGAGCUGCUUGCAGAGAUUGGCCUCCCCAAGGGACUUUUCCCUCUUGACGACAUGCAGGAGUUCGGCUACAACCGUGAGGCAGGGUUCAUGUGGCUCGUUCAGGGAAAGAAGAAGGUGGAGCACACGUUCAAGAAGAUCAAGCAGACGGUGUCUUACGCCGGCGAGGUGACGGCGUUCGUGGAGAAAGGCAAGCUGAAGAAGAUCGCGGGGGUGAAGACCAAGGAGCUCAUGCUGUGGCUCAGCGUCGUGGAAGUGUACGUCGACGAGUCGGCUCCCGGCAAGGUCACCUUCAAGACUGGCACUGGACUGUCUGAUUCCUUUGAUGCAACUGCAUUUGAGCUUGGCAUGUGAAACCGAAUCUAGCUGUCCAUGCUGUUGUUUUGUAUGCGUCGGUUAGUCAGCAAUAACCAGUACUGUCUUAGCUACUUCAACUAUAUUCGUUAUUGUAAUCUCCGAGUAAUGCCGGUUUGUGUAAGCGUCUGCUGUAAUCACUUCAGUAAAAAAUUUCUUAUAAAAGAAGUCACUUCGGACAUUU